UGUAGGUGUAACCCAUUUUCCUCAAAGCAAAAGAACUACACGGAGGUCCAAAGCCGUAGUUGUGCCAAUUUUAGUUCAGUUAUAUAGCUUAUCGUUUGAGAUACCGACGCUGAAAAUAAAGGCAUGACUUUAUCAACGGUCGGCUGGGCUGUGCAGCUUUUGGGGAUCGCGUACGCCGUGUUCGUUCUAUCAGAGGGUGUGACACUGACCCUCACCCCUGACCAGGGCACUACUCUCAACAUCAGCCAGAGUUCAGAGCGCAGCAGGGGGUCAAAGUGUACGGUAUGCACUGGUACAGGCUUGAAGAAGUCCUGCUCCAGGGCUGGAAGUGAUUAUGUGGUGCUGCUGACAGACCCCAAAGCUGCUGUGAACAUGGUGUUCACCUGCACCAAACCAGAGGAAGUCUUUACUGUGGAGGUGGUCAGGGAAAUAGAUUGUACCACAAAGUCCUGUAAUGGGGACAUCACCCCCAUUGAGUCUAGAACCGGUACACUUCCACUCCAGAACUUCAACCGUACCUUUAUCUGGAACCUGAAGGCCCCGGUUCCACGGGCGUUCCAUUUGGACUUCACCCAGAUGGGGCUGAGACAGAUCCUGCCCUCUGAGAGAUGUCCAGACCAGCACACGUAUACCCUGCUAGCCCUCCAGAGGACAGGGGAGGCUGCCAUUGGGACGUACUGCAGGAACGGCAGCGUCUCUGGGGCUCAGGUCUUGAACCAGGGCAGGCUCUCUCUGGAGGUCACUGGAGGACGGGAACUGAACCCCACCAUGUUCAACGUGUCUGUUGGAGAGGAAAUCAAAUCACUUGCUGUCCUCAAAGUGACUUUACCGGAAGGGAUGUCAUCUUCGGAGUUGCUCUCUCCAAACUACCCAAAUAGUUUCCCUGACGAUGACCUGAUGGAGUGGAAGUUUGUGGUCCCUCCCAAACACAACGCUACGGUUGUCUUCCUGGGUCAGACCCAGCCGCAGUGCCUGAAGAAGGAGCCGGCUGUGGAGUAUCACUACAGUAACGGGCGGUUCGCGGUGGUGAAGAAGCUGUCGGACCCCCAGCCGGCCCAACGUCGGGACUCCUUCUCCCUGAUCCUAAGGAACUGUGAGAUGAACAGGAUCGGGGACGGCUCCACUGGUCUCUCCCUCCACUUCAAGGUUUCAGCCAAGAGGAGGAGUCUUCCAGUGUUGUGCAACGUGGACCUGAGGAAAGAGCGGAAGCUUUCCCUCCAUAUUGAGAAGACUAACCUCAUGUCUGACUGUGAGCUGAAGCUGAACUCUGUCACCCAGAAGAAAAUCACUGUUCCCUCAGGGAAGAUCUCUCAGUUGUCCUUCCAGGACUGCCCAAGUCAGGAGCUGCUACUGACCGCCUUCAGAAUCAUAGAGUGCCAUCAGUGGAGGGGCUGCCCAGCAGCAGCAGCCCCUGUCCCUCUGACGGUGCCCGUCCUGGAGAGGUGUCUUCCCGCCCCCCUGGGCAGUGUCACCUGGAUCCUCCGUCCCCCUCAGCAUGGCACGGUAGAGCUCCUGCCCACUACUGGCAACCUGAGGCAGUCCCUGCCAGAACAACCCUGCAACGGCUCUGUCACUCUCACCGUGGCCGAGGACGAUGACGGCACCACCGUGGGUCAGUUCUGCCCUCAGGGAGCCAUACACAAAGUCCAGGUCCACACCAACGUGUCCAUUACAGCUUCAGCCUCGACCAUGGGAGGCAAAGAGAGGUGGCCAUUCUCACAUCCUUUACUCAACAUCUCCUUCACCAGGGAGAUUGCAGAGAGAUACAUCUUCACGGUAUACCCAAUGAAAGGAGUACCAACUCUCCUGGCCACCCCUAGUUGGCCUGUGGGAAUGAAGUCCUACUCCACUGUGUCCUGGAUCGUCAAUGUCCCCUCCAAGCUGGAAGCUCACCUCAUGUUCGACAACAUCAGCCAGCCCAAGUGCAGCAACCGCCACACAGGCAUCAGGGUGCAGAUCCUGGGCUCCCUGGAGGAGAUGUACAGCCGGCGGGAGGACGAGGAGGCAGGCAGGAAGAUCAUUGUCUCAGAGAGCUUCUACCUCAACAUGUCCAACUGUAUGCCUGAGAAAGGAGACUUCAGCAUGCUCACACGGAUCACACUGCACAAGGAUAAGAACCUGCUUCUGACCAGCAUUCUGAGUGCGGUGGCAGCUCUGCUGGUUCUCAUGGUGGUUGUGUUGGCUGUGGUUUGUGUGGUGAUCAAGAAGAAGAAAAGGCAGCUGUCUCACCAAGUGUCCACCUACAACCCCAACGGUACCAGCUUCCUGCCAGGGCACAACGGGAGUUUCCCCAAAUCACGAAAAGACAACGAGUCCCACAUCUACGCCUCGAUCGAGGACACACUUGUAUACAGCCAUCUCCUGCGAGAUGGGGCAGAGAUGGGUGUCUAUGGAGACCCGGCUGUGGAUGUGUACCAGAGCUUUACUGGGCCCACAGAGACUAAGCCCCUCUCUCUGGGGACAGUCUCUGAACAUCCAGAGGUGGGCAUCUACCAGCCUUUUGUGCCCCCAUCCCAUUUUGCCCCACCCGUCCCCAAUAGACCCUUAAGUCAAGCCCAGCAGCCUAUGGUGGACAAUGAGCUGUACGGCUCCAGAAGCAAUGGUGACAACCCUGCACAGUCUCAACCGAACAAUAUGAACACAGAGCAGGCUCCAACGGUGGAGCCAGAGGCUCAUGACUGAAAGGGAGUGGACUGUAGGUUGGGGGUAUAUGCCAAGCACAGUACCAUAGCCCUUCUAUUCAUAACAGUAUCAGUCAAAAGUUUGGACACACCUACUCAAUCAAAGGUUUUUCUUUAUUUUUACUAUUUUCUACAUUGUAUAAUAAUAGUGAAGACAUUAACUAUGAAAUAACACAUAUAUAAUCAUGUAGUAACCAAAAAAGUGUUAAACAAAUCAAAAUAUAUUUAAUAUUUGAGAUUCUUCAAAGUAGCCACCCUUUGCCUUCUCUCAACGAGUUUCACCUGGAAUGAAUAUAAAUUAACAGGUGUGCCUUGUUAAAAGUUAAUUUGUGGUAUAAAUUUUCUUAAUGCAUUUGAGACAAUCAGUUGUGUUGUGACAAGGUAGGGGUGGUAUAUAGAAGAUAUCCCUAUUUGGUCCCUAUUUGGUAUAAAAUCAAAUAUGCGAAGAGAAACGAUAGUCCAUCACUACUUUAAAACAUGAAGGUCAGUCAAUCCAGGAAAACUUCAAGAACUUUGAAAGUUUUUUCAAGUGCAGUUGCAAAAACCAUCAAGUGCUAGGAUGAAACUGGUUCUCAUGAGGACCGCCACAGGAAAGGAAGACCCAGAGUUAACUCUGCUGCAGAGGAUAAGUUCAUCAGCCUCAGAAAUCGGUAAUUAACUGCACCUCAGAUUGCAGCCCAAAUAAAUAGAGUUCAAGUAACAGACACAUCUCAAUAUCAACUGUUCAGAGGAGACUGCGUGAAUCAGGCCUUCAUGGUCUAAUUGUUGCGAAUAAACCACUACUUCAGGACACCAAUAAAAAGAAGAGACUUGCUUGGGCCAAGAAACAAGAGCAAUGGACAUUAGGCCAAUUUGAGAUUUUUGGUUCCAACUGCCGUGUCUUUGUUAGACGCAGAGUAGGUGAAUGGAUUAUCUCUGCAUGUGUUGUUCCCACCAUGAAGCAUGGAGGAGGUGUGAUGGGGUGCAUUGCUGUUGACACUGUCAGUGAUUUAUUUAGAAUUCAAGGCACACUUAACCAGUAUGGUUACCACAUAUUUCUGCAGCGAUACGCCAUCCUAUCAGGUUUGCACUUAGUGGGACAAUCAUUUGUUUUUCAACAGGACAAUGACCCAAAACACACCUCCAGGCUAUGUAAGGGCUAUUUGACCAAGAAGGAGAGUAUGUGCUGCAUCAGAUUACCUGGCCUCCAUAAUCACCUGACCUCAACCCAGUUAAGAUGGUUUGGGAUGAGUUGGACUGCAGAGUGAAGUAAAAGCAGCCAACAAGUGCUCAGCAUAUGUGGGAACUCAAGACUGUUGGAAAAGCAUUCCUCAUGAAGCUGGUUGAGAGAAUUCCUAGCGUGUGCAAGGCUGUCAUCAAGGCAAAGGGUGGCUGCAUUGAAGAAUUUAAAAUCUAAAAUAUAUUUUGAUUUGUUUAACACAUUUUUGGUUACUACAUGAUUCCAUGUGUAUUAUUUCAUAGUUUUGAUGUCUUCACUAUUAUUCAACAUUGUAGAAAAUAGUACAAAUAAAGAAAAAUGCUUGAAUGAGUAGGUGUGUCCAAAUGUAUGUGAUUCACUGUAAUUUCUUAGAAUGUAUUGUGUGUCAAAGAAGCCCACUGUCUGGAUUUGGCCAGGGUUGUUCCGGGUUUUGGUCACUAGAUGCCCCCAUUGUGCUUUUUGACCUUAUGUUUUUUCCCUUGUUCCCCAUUAUUAUUUGCACCUGUACCUCGUUUUUCCCCUGAUUGUAUUUAAACCCUUAGUUUCCCUCAGUUCUGUGCUCUGUGUUUGUAUGUUAGCACCCAGCCCUAGUGUUCUGUGUUUUCUUGUCGAUUCCGGUGGAUGCUCUUGUGGAAUUCUGUUUUUGUUUUUGAGUGUCUCUUGAGGCUUUUUUUGUGCUAUUCCUACCACCUUUUGGAUUUGCCAUUUUUGUAUUUAAGGACUUCUCCUUUUUACUUAAUUAAAUACACCAUCUUAAGUA